GGAGCCUCCAUUUUCGCUGACAAGAGCGGAAAUGAGGUUCAGGUGCUACACUUGCCUUUGCUGGAGAGGUUUGAUGUAGCAGCACAGUUCAGCUGGGGUAGUGCCACCCUGGCUUAUCUAUACAGGCAGCUGUGUCGCGGCUGCCAGAGAGGGAGCACAGAGCUGGGGGGAUUUUUGCUACUCCUCCAGAUUUGGUCAUGGGAGUAUAUCCACAUUGGCCGUCCCAUUAUAGUCGGAUAUCAUGGCAUUGAUGGACAGCCACUGCCUGAUGAGCCGCCACGUCUGCUAGGACCACAUCAUGUACGGGGCGAGGAUCCUCUAGGCCGUCGGUGGCUAUAUGCUGGUCUAUCUCGCAUGUCAUCCGCUACUGGGCUCGGUGUCUACAGGGAUGCAUUGGAUCGGAUGUCUGAGGACCAGAUCACAUGGAUGCCGUUUAGACCUGAUAUGUUAGCAGAGUUGCCCCCAGCUGGACGAGAGCAUACUCACAUCUGGCGAGCACGUGUCCCGUUGAUAUGUUUUGACAUUGUUGAGCUGCAUUUGCCUGAUAGAGUCAUGCGACAGUUUGGGUUUGAGCAGGUCGUUCCACGUCCUAUCGACACUUAUGUAGAGCUGCAUAAGCUGGAUAGGCGUGGGAAGCAUACAGAGGAUUGGGCACUCAGACAUGUCCGAUACGUGACUAUGUGGGAAAGGAGAGCUGAGCUAGCUGUGGUUGGGACACCCACAUAUGUGCCAUCUGUUUCAGGAGACUACAUGGGAUGGUACUACAGCAUCACUCGGUUAUUUGUGUCUCCUUCGUUCAGACUCCCUACUCAUCAUUAUCAGCCUAGCUCCUUGGCUUUGCAUCUUACGACACGAGCUUUGCAGCGCAUACAUCAGCGGGCUACUGCCACUGUGACUGAUAUUCCUGAUGUGGACAUGUAUGGACAGGCUCUGACAGGCAUUGCCUCGUUGUGCUCAGAUGUGUUGGGCCGAGUAGACUACGGACAUCUUAUACACAUGCCCCCAUCUCAGGAGAUGGCAUCCACGUCUAGUGCAACCGCGGCUUCAUCAUCCCAGACGCAACAUGAGAGAGUGGUUCUUCAACCACGACAACGCCGUAGGCGUAGACAUGAGCAGCAACAUCUCCAUGACGAAGCUGAUGAUGAGAACUUGUAGUUUGUCUUUUGUAUUGUAGUUUUUCUUAUGCAGUAGAUGUUGUACGAACAAUGUACAAGUUUUGAUGUAUUUUGUCUUGUUAAGUAUUGUAUGGAGUAUUGAUGUGUUCGAGUAUGAAUAUUAGAUGAUUACUUGUUAUGGCAUAUAUGAUGAUUGUAUUGUGUUAUUCCGGUUAUGAUUUGAAGGGUUUUUACGGGUGUUUAUAAGGUGUUUUUAAUAUUGUUGAGAGUAUGUCAUUGUGAAGACCUGCGGACUGCUCUCCUCCUUCCUUCUCUCUUGGGUUGUGUGGAUUCCCUUGCUCUCUUAUCUCUUUGGGGGUUCGAAUGGGGUGUAUGGGGAGUGUGUUAGGAGCCCCUAAACAUGCUAAAGGAGUAUGUGGCUCACAAAAGAACAUGGGAGAUAUUUGGUUUGCAAUCAAAUAUGGGGUGGACCUCCCCCUUUUGUUUUCUCUUGGAGUUUUUGUGCAUGUGAGCCAAGAGUCCGCCCCAUAUGGUCUUCUCACCUCUUUUCACUUGUUUUGGAGGUACUAAGUCCAUGUGGAAUGGUUCCCAAUUGAUCCCAAUCAUUUUGGGAUCUAAAUUAUCUACCAAUACUUCCAAAAAUGGGAAGAUGGGUCCUAUUGUUUUAUCUUUUGUCAAAGAUGUCUUUUUGUACUCAUCCUAAUUCAUUUAGAACAAGUCAACUUCCUUCAUCACAUUAUUGAUUUCCAAUAUGUGUAGGUUUAUCACAAUAAUUUACUUAAUGGAUAUUAUAGAAGAAAAAUCCUACUCCCAUCAUUUAGCUCAAUAAUGUUAAAGAUGGGACCAUAGGCAUUUGUAUUCUUCUUUAAUCAUUC